GGGACGAGAGGAGCAAGAGGGACCCAGGAGUGGUGGCCCAGGAGGUGACGGAGGGGAGCCCUGCGGUGGGAGACAGGUAAUGCGCCAAAAAGAUCAUGUCUGAAGUACAAGGAACGGUUGAGUUUUCUGUAGAGCUCCACAAGUUUUAUAAUGUGGACCUCUUUCAGAGAGGGUAUUACCAGAUCCGAGUGACCUUGAAGGUGCCCUCCAGGAUCGCCCACAGACUGAGUGCCUCGCUCCUUGGACAGACAGACGGCAGCGGCCUGCACUCGGCCCGCGUCUGCGAGAGCACCGUGCACAGCCGGGUCUUCCAGAUCCUCUACAGGAACGAGGAGGUGCCCGUCGGCGACGUCGCCGUCUUCUGCGCUCACCUGCUCUUGGAUGGGGAACGGGUGGAGGAGGCCCUGAGUGAAGUGGAUUUCCAGCUCAAGGUGGACCUGCACUUCACGGACAGCGAGCAGCAGCUGAGGGACGUGGCGGGCGCCCCCAUGAUCAGCAGCCGGACGCUCGGCCUGCACUUCCACCCGCGCAGGGGCCUGCACCACCAGGUCCCCGUCAUGUUCGACUACUUCCACCUGUCGGUGAUCUCCGUGACCGUCCACGCGGCGCUGGUGGCUCUGCAGCAGCCCCUGGUCAGCUUCACCCGCCCGGGAAGGGGCUCCUGGCUCGGUAAGGGCGGCCCAGACGCGGGGCCGGAGCAGUCGAGCCUUUCCCUGGAGAACCUGGUCUUUGGAGCCGGAUACUGCAAGCCGACCUCCUCGGAGCAGGGCGGCUUCUACGCGCCCUCGGAGAACUGCGUGCAGCGCGCGCACCGGUGCCACCGGGGGCUGUGCCUCCUGCUCCUCCGCGCCCACCGCGGGCUCCGCGCCUACUUCCUGGGCGUCAUGCGGGACGUGCCUGAGCUGCCGCCCUCGGAGCUGGAGUCCCUCGCUGUCGACGAGACGCUGUCCCAGCUGUGCUCAGAGCUGCAGGUGCUGAACAACCCGGAGAAGAUAGCCGAGCAGAUCAGUAAGGACCUGGCCUGGCUCGCCUCCCACCUGACGGCUCUGUGGACGCAGUUCCUGGACACGGUGACCCUGCACGCCCAGGUGACCACUCACCUGGCGCAGGAGCAUCACACCCUGAGGGUCCGAAGGUUCUCGGAGGCCUUCUUCUACACGGAGCACCAGAAGCCCGCCGCCCUCACGUUCCAGGAGAACCUGGUCCAGUCCCACAGCCAGCUGUCCCUGGACAUCCGGAGCUCAGAGUACCUCACCGCCAUGCCACCGCUGCCCGCGGAGUGCCUGGACAUCGACGGCGACUGGAGCACGCUGCCGGUCAUCUUUGAGGACAGAUACGUGGACUGCCCUGCGACAGGGCAAGAUUCGAAUGUUUACCCUCGUUUUGGUGUCCCAGCACCCAGUCCUGCAGAGACGUGUCUAAGAAGCAGAGGAGAGAACCAUCCGGAAGGCAGAAAAUCGCCCUGCCGGCCGUACCUCGUCUUGCCCAGCCCGGGGCCACCGCGCACGGACGCAGACGAAGAGGCGAGCGGCUGUGGGGCGUCAGACGAGAACGUGGCCACACCCGGCCACGCGGACGUCUGCUCUGAGUCUCAGGUGUACCUGACCCUCGGCGAGUUCCCUCAGGACGCAGGCUCGCCCGAAGACGCAUGUCAGACUGGCCAGGGGUCUGAUGUCGUCAGGACCCACUCCCAGGCCGAUGACAGCCGGCCGGGGAGGAGCCCCAGCCCAGAGGGUGGCCCGGACUACAUGGACGUGAGGUCCAGCACCAAGCCCACAGUGGUCGUCAGUGACCAGCACGGGCGCGAGCACUUUCGAGACGACCAUGAAUCGGCGGACAGCCGCGGGGCGGCGGGUGGGAGGGGUCCCGGUGCCACCUCUUCAGAGGAGAGGACGCCCCCCGAGUCCGGGACUCUGGGCAAGGGUGCCACCCAGGACGCUCAGACGCUGCCGCUCAGUGUGAAGCUCUUCCCCGGGGAGCCUUGCGAUCCCCCGCACGCUGCUGCUGGGAGGGCGCCCCCUAGGGACCCCCUGCCGGAGGAGCGGGAGGAUGUGUCCAUGCUCUCCCGGGCCGCCAUCAAGAGGUCCUCCUCCGUCAUCUCGGACUCCGGCAUCGAGAGCGAGCCCAGCUCCGUGGCCUGGUCGGAGGCGCGCAGCAGGGCGCUGGAGCUGCCCGGGGACCGGGAAGGCUCGCUGCAGCUGGCGCGCAGACACGCGCUGCACCGGAACUCCCUGGAGGGCGGGCGCACCGAGAGCAACGCGAGCCUGCCCAGCGGGAUCCAGGCGUCCCUCACCUCCAUCAGCUCCUUGCCCUUUGAGGAGGAGGAGCGGGAGCUGGCGCUCACCAAGCUGACCAAGUCGGCGUCGGCGCCCCAGAUCAGCAGCCCCGAGGAGUCUGCCGAAGACACGGACGCUGCGCGGCGAGGAGGGGGUCUCCCCGAACCUCCGGUUGGGCACGUCGAGAGCACAGAUGCCCCAGGACCCUGCAGCGAGCCCAGGGGUGGCCCCAGAACCCAGGACACUGGGGGGAGCUGUCCUCUCGUGGAGGUGGUCUCUGAGGAUGUGGGCAGCCAGCAGGGCCCCGGUUCCAGAGACAUCCCCGAAGAUAAAGGGGUUCACUCGGAUCCUCAAGGGCCCUGUCGCCCUGAUGGCAGAACCGAGACCCCGCCGGGGGUUGAAACCAAAGGUCUUAAUUUUCCAAUACCGCCUAUCAUAGCCCUUGAAGGCCCUCGGGACGGAUCUUCUCCUAGGGCGGAAGUGGAGACCCCAAAAGGCACGUCUGCAGGUGGUGGGCCCCUGGGGGCGAGCGCUCCGCCCGACGGCGGCAACGCGGGCAUGGAGCACCUCACGGAGCGUGGGGUCCCUGACCUGAGUUGUGCACCGGCUGCCGAGGCCAUUGGCUCCCCCUGCAGCCCUGAGGCGGUGGCGCCCCUGGAGAUGGGCCACCGGGCAGGGGUGGUGUGCUCCCCUGUGACUCACCCCACUCACGCCCCGGCCGUGGGUCACCCAGAGCCCCGGGCUGGCCCCUCCGCCGCGGGGCCCCACCUGGCCCCAGCAGAGGCCUUCUCCGCGGACGGCCUGAAGGCCGUGGAGGUCGUCAACCUGUCCGUGUCCUGCACGGCCACGUGCCUCCCGUUCUCGUCUGUGCCCAAGGAGACGCCCGCCAGGGCCGGCUUCUCGUCCAAGCAGACCCCGCUGCCCAUCACGCACCAGCCGGCGGGGUCCUUCGGGGUGGUGUCCGCCCCGUGCAGCCAGCGGGAGGAAGACGUCGUCGGCGAGAGGAUGUUCAGUUUCUAUCAGGCCAAAGAGAAAUUUAAAAGAGAGCUGAAGACUGGUGGACUUCUGUACAGUGACUUGUCCGUGCUGGCUUCUGACGCGCCGUACUUCCCGCCAGAGGAGGAGGAGGAGAGCCUGGAGGACGGGGUUCACCUGGUCGUCUGUGUCCACGGCCUGGACGGGAACAGCGCGGACCUCCGGCUGGUGAGGACCUUCAUCGAGCUGGGGCUCCCCGGGGGCAAGCUGGACUUCCUGAUGUCGGAGAAGAACCAGACGGACACAUUCGCAGACUUCGACACCAUGACGGACCGGCUGCUGGACGAGAUCAUUCAGCACAUCCAGCUGUACAGCCUCUCGGUGUCCCGGAUCAGCUUCAUCGGCCACUCCCUCGGCAACAUCAUCAUCCGCUCGGUCCUCACCAGGCCGCGGUUCCGGUAUUACCUCAGCAAGCUGCACACGUUCCUGUCGCUGUCCGGGCCCCACCUGGGCACCCUGUACAACAACAGCACCCUGGUGAGCACAGGCCUGUGGCUCAUGCAGAAGCUGAAGAAAUCCGGGUCCCUCCUGCAGCUGACCUUCAGGGACAAUGCCGACCUGCGCAAGUGCUUCCUGUACCAGCUCAGCCAGAAGACAGGCCUGCAGUAUUUUAAGAACGUCGUGCUGGUGGCUUCGCCCCAAGACCGCUACGUGCCGUUCCAUUCCGCCAGGAUCGAGAUGUGCAAGACGGCCCUCAAGGACCGGCACACCGGGCCGGUGUACGCGGAGAUGAUCAACAACCUCCUGCGCCCCCUGGUGGAGGCCAAGGGCUGCACGCUGGUCCGGCACAACGUGCUGCACGCCCUGCCCAGCACCGCCAACGCGCUCAUCGGCCGCGCCGCCCACAUCGCCGUGCUGGACUCCGAGCUCUUCCUGGAGAAGUUCUUCUUGGUGGUGGGACUCAACUACUUCAAGUAAUGGCCUCGGGGAGCUCGCCGGAACCACCGAAGACCCAGGAGAGCCUCGGCCAAGUCACCCUUUUGUAGA